ACCUAACUAAUUAUUUCAACUCAGACAAGAGUUCGACUUAUCGAUACGAUAGAUAAUUUUUUCGUUUCAAAAUUUUCAAAAUCCGAAUCGCGAAGUGGGUUUCCCCUCCGCCGCAGACCCCCUUUCAGCUCAUUCAUAAUAAUAAUAAAGUCUAAAAUUUUAUUUCACUCAUACCAUUAACACCCAAACCUAGCUCUCUGCGCACUUAUUUAUGCCAAUUGUAACAUCUUUGAGAACCCUUAUUAUCAGUCGCCAAACACGACCCAUUUCUCUUGAUACUCCAUCGGCAUAUCUCGCAUCCUCCCAAUACGACAUUAGUACAGAUUGGGCAUUCGUAUCUGUAGUCAUUCAAAUCAAGCCAAUGAGCAUCUCCUCCCCAAUCGAAACGACAGUAGUACAAAUUGGGUAUGAACAACGAAUUUAGUAACUCCCUUUGGAAACUUUGGUGCGGCUCCAGCACAUGCACACCAAGAUCGUCCUCGUUUGACCGACAAUGAAUCGUUAUGUUUUGUACUCCCUCGACGUCGUUCUCCAACACCAGCACCUUUUUUGCCUCGAUGGACGCGGCUAGUAGCGUCGACAAGAGGAGGAGCGAGACUAAAACGGUGUGACAUUGCCUCAUAGUCGUCUUGUUCCUAUAGUUAGUUGUUUAUGGAGAUGCUGCUAAAUCUUCUCGUACUGGAUGAAGUGUAAGAGGUUUUGGAUGCUUUAUUUAUAUACGGAGAUCGGCUUUGAAAUCACAUCAAUCUUUGUCGAAUGAAUUUCUUACUGAUGAGUGAUGUUCGCAAAGAGUUUUGUGGAUAAAUUGACUUUUAGGGUUCUCAAACAUGCUAUAUUUGGGAUCUAGAGAUCUGAUUAACCAAGCUGGGGAAUGGGAUCUAGAGAUGGUACUAGACACGGAGAGAGUGGCUAGGCGCAAUACUCUGGUGGGGAAAGUCUUCUCAGCGCGUGAGAUCAGCCUCCGUGCCCUGCGAGGAAUGAUCAGAGUGGCCUGGGUUGAUCACCACAAGCCGAAACUUUAGGAGAUGCCCAAAAUCCAACCUUUGGAGGAUAACACCUUUGUGUUCGACUUUGAAAGCAAGAAGGAGAUGGAAGCAAUCUGGGCUGACCGCCCCUGCCCUAUCUCAGGAACAUUGAUGCAACUGAAGAAGGUGACUAGAGUGGAGGAUGCCCGAGAUGUAAGUUUCAAAUGUGUUGAGUUCUGGGUUCAAGUUCACAGCUUACCAGAGGCUUAUAGGACUGAGGGUAACUUAUCAAUGGUGGAGAGGAUGUUCCAUAGGGUGAUUGAAAUUGAUCGAGUUGCCCUCCAAGCCCAGAUCUACAUAAGGUAUGUGAGAGUCUUUGUUGAAAUCGACACCACCAAGCCACUCCUAGACGGUUUCUACUCAUUAUGCUAUUACUGUGGGAAGAUCGACCAUACCAAAGUGGAUUGUGAGAGCCGGAAGAUCCAAGAAGAAAACCUUCAUUCUCCUCCGAUGAUGCAGAGAUGGGGACCCUGGACCAGAGCGAGCUCAUCUGUCUUCUCCCCAAGAACGAACCAGCAACAUGAUUUGGAGGCGGCGAUUAGCCGGGAUGCGGCUUCUUCUUCAAACUCACCAGGCAGGCACCAAUCCCAGCCGUCGGCGACUGCUUAGCUCCAGAAUGCCCCAAUCGGGAACCAGGUGGGCCACGUUCCCUCAAUUUUCUCUCCUCACACCAAUCAAUCCCCCAUCUCGAGCUCUGUGCAAAACUUCAACUUUGCAACGGAACUAUUCCAAAACUCCUCUUUCCCCAAUCAAACACUCCAAAAUCA